AUGGCUACGAUCGUAUUAGGUGUUCAAUGGGGAGACCACAUGCUACCCUCGGGCCUACUUCAUCCCUCAACUAUAAAUAUAAUCGGACCCGGUGUUGUCCUGCACGUACCUACUUUCUUCUCCGAGCUCGCCAGCGUCGAGGGGAAAGGAAUCGUAAAUGCCCAAGAGAGACUCAAGGUCUCAACGCGGUGCGCACUAAACCUUGAUCUCCAUGCAGCCGUAGAUCGUCUUCGUGAAGGGCAGCUUGGAAAGAAGAACAUAGGUACUACAGGUAAAGGUAUUGGUCCUGCUUACAGCUCAAAGGCCGAGAGAAGCACCGUAGUUCUAGCCGAUCUACUUGACGAUGAUGAAUUCGGAGAUCGAAUCAGGGAGAUGGAACAGGACUAUAAACUGAGAUUCGGCGGGGACUUAGCCGGAUAUGACGUCGAAGCAGAAAUCAAAGAGCUCGAGAACUUCCGUGAGAAACUCCGCCCCUUUUCCAUAGACGACGUCGAAUUCCUCGAAGAGGCCCAAGAAAAAGGACAGAAAAUCCUCGUCGAAGGCGCACAAUCAGCCCUGCUAGACAACACAUACGGAACCUGGCCGUACGUAACGUCGACAACCACCACCUUCGGCGGUGUAAUGGCCGGACUGAAUCUCAACUACCGAAAGGUAGAUUCCGUGAUCGGCGUCCUGAAAGCAUACUGCACGCGAGUCGGAUGCGGCCCAUUUCCCACCGAGGACUUCGGCGCCGUCAACACCAAGCUGCAAGAAACAGGCCACGAGUUCGGCGUCACCACAGGACGCAGACGCCGUUGCGGCUGGCUGGACCUAGUCUCGGCAAAGUACUCCAACAGCGUCAACCACUACGACUCUUUGAACCUCACGAAACUCGACGUCCUCGAUACGUUUGAAGAGAUCCAGGUAGCGGUAGCUUACAAGCAUCCCGAUACCGGCGAUCUCAUAAACGCUUUCCCCGCCAGCGCGAAGCUCCUGUCCAGAGUCGAGGUCGUGUACAAGACCAUGAAAGGCUGGAAUACUACGACGACCGGCACCAAGAAAUUCGACGACCUACCCAAGGAGGCCCAGGACUACGUCACAUUUAUCGAAGACUUUCUCGGCGUUAGGAUUAAGUGGAUUGGAUGCGGACCCAAGCGAGAAGACAUCCUAACUCGCUAA